AUGGAGAAGGGCCAGGCCGCCAAGUACGACAGCGCCUACUACGCCGCCCGCCUGGUAUACUACUCCACGCUGGCGCUCAUCGGCGGCGUGUCCCAGUUGGCCAUCGGCAUCCUGGCGCGCGACGAGAUCGGCUCAGGCAGGCUGGUGGGCGCCCAGCGCGUGGUGGCCCCGCCCUACUUCGUCGUCUACCCGGAGCUCAACAUCGCCGCCGGUCUGGUGGUGACCUUCUCGGCGGUGGCCGGCUACGUGCGGAGUGCGCUGCGCAGCGAGGCCGGGCGGUGGCAGUUCGCGGGCGCCUGGGCGGCCACCUGGCUGGUGCAGAUCCUGCUCAUGGCGGCCACGCAGCUGGGCGUGUGGUCGGAGGGCGAGCUGGGCGCCCGGCGGGAGGUGGUCUUCGUGUCCGGCAUGCUGGUGGUGCUGACGCUGGCGCUGUCCGUGCUGCCGCCUUACAUGGACGCAAUGAUCCACCACCCGGAGACCAAGGAGCGCAACGGCGGGCAAAGCGACUCCAAGGUGGACCUCAUGGCGCGCGCCGGCGUCUGA